GGGCCAGGUUAUAUAGCACAUAAUAUCGCACAUAUUUGGAGGAAUGAGUAAUUUGAAAGUCUAUCCUAACGACAUGAUUAAUCAGAGUGUCCAAUUUAAAAUUUUGCAGCAAACAGGGUGAUCUCGCAGACUUUUGAACCAGGAACCUUCAUGGCAGAACUAACACUUUCCUGUUUAAAGGAAUUUAAUAAGGAAGUCCUAUGUGAUAAUGUUCUCUUUGACAUUAACAGUUUCGUGGUUUUUUUUUUUUUUUAAUUUCUGAGUCUUGAAUAAUCCUUAUUGCAAUAAUCCUGACACAGUUGGGAAGCUACUUAUCACAGAAGUCAGAAGUAGAUCCUGGUGGUAUCUAUUCUAGGAGCUUGGGAACAGACUUUCAGAGCUGCUCUUGGGUGAUCACUCUGAUCUGUGGUGGCCCCAUGGAACUAGUUAGCCCUCACUGUGGUAGAGCCUCUUCCUUAACUUACAAGGCAGCUCAGCCAGAGUGAAUUAAUUGAAGCACUUGGCCCAGAAUGUUUUCCUGGGUCUACUUGUAGGGGAGCAAGGCAAAUCACACAUGACAAAAUACUUUGUUUUCAGAGUAAGUUAAAAAUAAACCCUAAAUCUUCAGUGCUUGCUUUGGCAGCAUGUAUACUUAAACCAAAAUCUUUUCUAUCUUCAUGGGAAUGUAUUUUUUAAGGUAAGGCUUUUCACCUCCUCCUUUUUUACCACUUCUAUAUUCCCUCUAAUGCCUAAAAUUAUGCCUAGAAUGUAGUGGGCACUCAAAAAGUAUUUGUUUUUAUUGAAUAAAGGUCACAUUCUAGGAUCUUUAUACAUUUGUCCUGAUAUUCUGGGCCUCUCCAUGGUCCUUCUAGUGAGUAUUCAAGUUUGUAAGGAUGCUGUAGCCCUGUGUAUCCUGAGUCUUGUGCACAGCCGAGCUACAGGCUAUGGAGUGCAAGAGACCACAGAUUAUUCCUCUGGGUACCUCCAGCGCAUGACUCUGAGGCGUGGUGCAGACGAUGAGUGCUAAUCCUCAUAAUCAGAUUAACCAUCACACAUCGUUCCCAAACAGAAACUCUGGAACCCAGGGAGCUUUGAAAGGCCACCCCCUAGAAUUCUACUCUUUUGAAGCUAGGGUUGGUAGCUAUAAAAGGCCAGGACUGCUGAUAAUGUUGGAUCAUGAGGAUUGAAAACACCACCACAAAGGUUUGUGUUUGAGAUGGGCCUAAUUUACAGAAGGCGCCUGUUUUGGGGACUGUAAGUGGAAUAUUAGCACACUACGUACCAACUCCAGGAAUAUGUUCCAGUCAUUCUUUAAUCAUGUGGGAAUAUAAAAAUGAAAAGCUGAAAGUAGCGGUAUUAAUUUAGACUUUUUCCUCUGUAAAGGGAGCUUCAUGAUUGAUAGUCUAUUUAAACACUCAGAAGUGAAUUCACACUAACUCCUUCAUGCUCCAGCUAUCAUUCCUUUACAGACUGAGAAAUCACUUAAGAUAAUCUAUAUGUAAAUGGCCACGACUCCACCAUUGAUUAAGAACCCAAAGUGUCUAAAGGAUCUCAAUUUAGCAGUCAUUGAUUUCUCUAUUUGGAGAGGCCACCCGUUCUCUUUCUUCAUCUUCCUGCUCUAAGGCGCCUUUUUAAUGAAAAGGAGGAUCCGGGGGGCAGUUUGCUACAAGAGCAGGCUAUGAAAAUCCUCUCAGUAUGUAUUAAGGGCAUAACUUAAAUGACUUGCUAUAAAUGGAUUUUUUUUAAUUCCAACAGAUCUCUUGGUGAUUUUUUUUAGGUAGAGGGCUUUCCUGCCACUGCAUGUGCGGGUGGCUGGUGUGUGUUAUGACUUAGAGUCAUGUUUUGGCCUGUGAGGCACAAACACCUUUCCGGAGCCAAGUUUUGUCAGUGCCAAUACAUGCCCUUUACAUCCCACAUUCCUUAAUUGCUUCAGAAGCCUCGCCUGAUAGGUGAGCAGUCAUCACACCCCAAUGAGAGAGGUAAGGUCAUUGGUUGGUCUCCCGAGGAGUUGGGAUUGCUGUUGCACACGAGGUGAGGUGGCGGGAGCCCUGGCAGGCCAGCCGAGAUAUGCCUGGAGGUCCAGACUGUGAGUGAGCUCUGGGAGAGGACUCGGGAGCAGGGCCCAGCCCGGAGGCAGCGCUCGUGCCCGCUGGGGGUUUCUCCCUCCAGUGCGUCAAGAGCAGGGAAACGCGGCGGGCGAGGUGAGUGUCCUCACAGACCAAGUGGAAGCCCAGGGAGAGAAGAUUCGGGACCUGGAAGUGUGUCUGGAAGGACACCAGGUGAAACUCAAUGCCGCUGAAGAGAUGCUUCAACAGGAGCUGCUAAGCCGCACAUCUCUUGAGACCCAGAAGCUCGACCUGAUGACUGAAGUUUCAGAGCUGAAGCUCAAGCUGGUUGGCAUGGAAAAGGAGCAGAGAGAGCAGGAGGAGAAGCAGAGAAAAGCAGAGGAGUUACUGCAAGAGCUCAAGCACCUCAAAAUCAAGGUGGAAGAGUUGGAGAAUGAACGGAAUCAGUAUGAGUGGAAGCUGAAGGCCACUAAGGCUGAGGUCGCCCAGCUGCAAGAGCAGGUGGCCCUGAAGGAUGCAGAAAUUGAGCGUCUGCACAGCCAGCUCUCCCGGACUGCAGCCCUCCACAGUGACCAUGCAGAGAAAGACCAAGAAAUUCAACAUCUGAAAAUGGGGAUGGAAACUUUGCUUGUUGCCAAUGAGGAUAAGGACCGUCGGAUACAGGAGCUCACAGGGCUGCUAAACCAGUACCGACGGGUGAAGGAGAUGAUGAUGGCAACUCAAGGGCCUUCCGAAAGAACUCUCUCAAUCAAUGAAGAAGAACUUGAGGGAAGUUUCAGAAAGUGGAACCCUGCGAAUAAAGGCCCUGAAGAAUUACUUAAACCAGAGAUGCCUCCAAGAUGUAGCUCUCCCACCAUGGGGCCACCUCCACUACCGCAGAAAUCACUGGAAACCAGAGCUCAGAAAAAACUCUCGUGUAGCCUAGAAGACUUGAGAAGUGAACCUGUGGACAAGUGUGUCAAUGGGAACCAGCUCCCAGGGGUAGAAGCCAAGGACAGCCCUUUCCUGGUGGAGCACAAAUACCCCACGUUCCCUGGGAAGCUUUCAGGAGCUACGCCCAAUGGAGCGGCUGCCAAGUCGACUCCCGCUGCCCCCCAACUGGAGCCCACAGGGAGCAGCCUGCCGAGGCUGAAUCGUUGCCGGAGUGUCAGUGCCCCCGUAUUAGGAGACACGGAAAGUGGUUGGGACGACACUGUCGUGGCCAACGACCUCUCAUCCACGUCAUCGGGCACUGACUCAAGCCCCCAGUCUCCCCUGACGCCAGAUGGUAAACGGAGCCCCAAAGGCAUCAGGAAGUUCUGGGGAAAGAUCCGAAGAACUCAGUCCGGGAACUUUAACACUGAUGCCCCGGGGAUGGCAGAAUUUCGACGAGGUGGGCUCCGGGCAACUGCAGGGCCGAGGCUCUCCAGGACCAGAGACCCCAAGGGUCAGAAAUGUGACGCCAGUGCCCCCUUUGCCCAGUGGAGCACCGAGCGCGUGUGUGCGUGGCUGGAGGACUUCGGUCUGGGCCAGUACGUGAUCUUCGCCCGGCAGUGGGUGACUUCUGGCCACACUUUACUGUCAGCUACCCCUCAGGACAUGGAAAAGGAGUUGGGAAUUAAGCAGCCUCUGCACAGGAAGAAGCUGAUUUUAGCUGUGAAAGCCAUCAACACCAAGCAGGAAGAGAAGUCUGCCCUGCUGGACCACAUCUGGGUGACACGUUGGCUUGAUGAUAUUGGCUUACCGCAAUACAAAGACCAGUUUCAUGAGUCCAGAGUCGAUGGGCGAAUGCUACAGUACCUAACUGUGAAUGAUCUCCUCUUCUUAAAAGUUACCAGCCAACUACAUCAUCUCAGCAUCAAAUGUGCCAUUCAUGUGCUGCACGUCAACAACUUCAACCCCCACUGCCUGCACCGGCGGCCAGCUGAUGAGAGUAACCUUUCUCCUUCAGAAGUUGUGCAGUGGUCCAACCACAGGGUGAUGGAGUGGUUGCGAUCUGUGGACCUGGCGGAGUACGCACCCAACCUUCGUGGGAGUGGUGUCCACGGAGGCCUCAUCAUCCUGGAGCCACGCUUCACUGGGGACACCCUAGCUAUGCUUCUCAAUAUUCCACCACAAAAGACGCUCCUCAGACGCCACCUAACCACCAAAUUCAGUGCCCUGAUUGGUCCUGAGGCUGAGCAAGAAAAGCGAGAGAAAAUAGCCUCACCAGCGUACACGCCACUGACCACCACAGCCAAAGUGCGGCCAAGGAAACUAGGAUUUUCGCAUUUUGGAAACAUAAGAAAAAAGAAAUUCGAUGAGUCGACAGACUACAUUUGCCCCAUGGAGCCCAGUGACAGUGUUGGUGACAGUCACAGGGCCUACAGUGGCUACCGGGGCCUCAGCCCCCUCGAUGCCCCUGAACUGGACAGGCUGGACCAGAUGGCCCCUUCGGAAGGUGCUGUGACGCAGAUAGGGCUCCUCUCCCAAGACAUUCACCGCCUCACGACUCUGCUGAGCCAGGACCAGCUGCUGAGUGACUCUCGCCUGGCCGCUCCCAGCCCUGAGGACUGGAGGUGACUUUCUUCGUGGCCAAGAGCCCAGAGAGGCGCGCGUGGGGGCCCCGAGUCUUUGCAUCGGGGAGCUGGCAUGGCCACCCGCAGAGCCCAGAUGGGCUGGCAGGACCCCUCGGACGUGUGCGCCGACAGGAGCGAGCAGAGCGGUGAACAGAUGUCCAGGAGGGGGCCCCGGGGGCCCUGCGUUUUCAACCAUGCUAGGCUCUUCACCGCAGCUUUUAUACCUUUUGUACUUUUAUACGUGGAUUGCCCCCCACUUCUGUGGGGAGGGCAGUGAGACAUCAGCACAGACUCGCCCCUGCUCCUCCUGGUGACGUUUGGGAGGUUCUUACGCCAAAGGGGAAGGGCAAGGAGUUCGUAAAACUCUGCUGGAAGAAAAUUCUGGAAAAAAAAUGUUCUGGCUGUCCUGUAGUGGCUGAGCCGGCUGAAAUGACAGGGAGCCCCUCCUGGCUGCUUCCACACUGAGGGGGUACUUCCCUUCACAGGAACCGGCCCAGGGUGAGCACGGCGAAGGAGCAGUGGGACUCCUCCCACGGCCCUUACUGCCCUUGUCCUGCCCUCCUCUGCAGCAGGGUGUCAGUUUGUCCGUGCUGCUGGGCCUCCUCAGGUCUGAGCAGAGGCGGCUCUAACACGUGAGCGGACCCCCGAACCCUAGCUGACCUGCAGCGCAGGCUCCCAAGUGCAGGUGUCUGGUCAGAUGGCUGCCCCCAGCAGACGGCCCUUGCACACCCCAAACAACGUUUCCACUGCAGCUGGCCAUCUCCCCACACAGCCUGUUCCCUGCCGUGUCUCCUUCCUCGGAGAGAGGCCCCAUGUGCCCCCAGCCAUUCUGUCCCUCCCAGCCAGUCUCCCCACUGGCGACAGCCCCAUCCUCCCUGUGACAGACAGCUCAGGCCUCCUCUCUCCUCUGCUUUCCAAAGCUGGUCUCCCCAGUCCCUCCUCUCCCCAGCUGGUGCCCUGCAGUUCUCUCCCCUGUCUGAGAGCGGCUUUCCCAAAGCACUGUUUUCAUCCUGAUACCGUUCCAUCGAGAGGGGCGUUCAAAAGCCUUAGGCAGUACCCACGGCCCUUCUGAGCCUCCAGCCUCACGAAGCCUCACGAAAGCCUGUGCCGCUGCCUUUCCCUCACCGUGAGGUGUCAUUUUCCCCCUGCUCCCCCUCACAAGGCCGAGUUCUGCCUGUCCGGAGCCAGCAAGCCACACGGCUUCUUUCAGGAAGCCUUCACUGAUGCGUCGGAGUUUCCUGUGUCCCACUGUGCCGUCAGCCCCUGAGCCCGAGCCCUCCUCGCUCCCCCUGCUGGGUUUCUUUCUCCCUCACACAGCCACCAUUAGCACAAAGGCACUGAGCAGCUGCUGUGGGCGCACUCCCAUACCGCCGGCCCUGGUCCCCAAACCGCUCAGGGACUCCACGCAUGCCGCCAUGCCGUGCUCCAGCCACUCACCCCUUCAUAUGUUAAGCAUCUUCCAUGCCAGGCUGAGGGCUGGAGGUCUAGGCACGAAUGUCAGGGUGCUUUUCUGAGAGUGCUGAUGCUCUAGUGGGGGUUACACCUGUUUUAAGCUGAAAGGUAUAGAUGCUCCAGUAGAAACCAGUUGUCCUUUUUAAUGGAGAGCUGGGGGAGUGGCCGGAAAAGACUUCAAGGAAGAGGUGCUCCCUGGAUUUCAGACAUGAAUCGGUUCCCCGAGUGUGCCAGAGGGGAAAGGUGUGGUAAGCUCUGUGUUAGAGGAAAGUACGAGGGUGGGCUCUUACUCAUCAUACUGUGCCCAGCAGAGUAUCUUUUCCAAGUAGGGAUCUGCUGAGGGUGUGCUGAACACACGCAUGGAUGAAGGCUCACAGCCCCUCCCCCCCACUCACCUCCCCACCCAUCACACCCAUACCCACCCUCUGUGAGACCAUCCCUAGGCAGGGCACAGCUGCACCCUCUCCUAUCCACCCCCCCCACGCACGCGCACAUAUCCAGUGACACCGUUGCAGCAGCAAUGCUAACAAUGCCAGUUUUUGCAGAAAGGAAAGGAAUUAAGCACCCAGGUCUGAAGCCCAGCUUUGCUGCCUCCUGUUAGAAGGACCUGAAGAUAAUAACUUCAUCUUAGAGCUUCACUUUCCUCAUCUGUAACUCGGGAGAACAUCAUCCCCACGGAAUCUCCAGCUUGUUGUGAGAAUGAUGCGAACUAAAGCGCAGGACAAGUUCUACCCAUCCCUGGGCAACGGAGCAGUACGUCAGCCUGGCCGUGGACAGUCAGGGCUGGGGGGGUCACUUGGAUCACUUGCGCUUAGCAAUGGCAAGGAUUUCAGGAAUAACUCCUGGAGCCUCAAUGGAGCCUCAUCUCAUUUGCAAGUUCAGAAGCUUCUGUGCUAACCACCCCACCUGCCACACCAGAACGGGGCCUGGCAUUUAGAAGAUGCUGAGAAAACCAGGGCCCUUGCCUCCAUCUGUUGUGCAAAACACAGGGAAUCUAGCAUGGCUGGAGCCUGCCUACCAUACAGAUUUACAACUCCCUAAUACCUUUUAACACCGUUCCCACUUCAAGGGUCUCCUACAAAAGAAGGAAGAGUGCACAUGGAGGGUGCCUGGGCCCUCUAGUAAGUCUGACCUUCAAAACAGAACACUCUGGAGAUGGGAGCUCAAGAAAGAUUACUGGGAGUUGAUAUGACCCCACUUGGAUCCUUCUGGAAUUCUGCCCCUGCACUUUUGCCAGUUCUGACCUCCCUUGGACACACAGAAGACCGUUCACAUGUAGGGCUGGCCUAGCAGGUCCCCCCCAGAGUCACGUCUCCUGAGCCGUCUGCUUUGUGCUGAAGUUGAUUUCAUUCAACUAUGGGGCAAGGCACUG